GAUGGUAGGCCCGCAGAGAAAAUUCACUAUAAUGGUCACUCAACAUUAGAGGAGGAGGUCAAAUUCUUACGUGCAAAAGUUGCAACAUUAGAGGAGGAACUAUGUAAAUCACUGAAAGAUGCCUCUAGCCAUCAAAGUCUCUGUGGACAGUUAGAAAAGGAAUUGAAAGGGCUCACUGAUUAUGAACAGCAAAUGAAUCCAAAGAGAACAAAAAUGCUAUCUGAUCUCCUGAUAGCUGUUUCAAGAGCUGAGAGACAAGAAGCUAGGAUGAAAGUUCGCCAGGAUUCUUUAAGACUUGGCAAUGUGGGCGUAAUCAGAGCUGGAACUGUCAUAUCUGAGGCUUGGGAGGAUGGACAGGCAUUGAAAGACUUGAAUGCUCAUCUAAGACAAUUGUUAGAAACGAAGGAGGAGGUUGAGCGGCAGCGAAAAUUGUUCAAGAAACGACAGUCUGAUAAGGGUGAUGGAAAUGAUGCAGAAUCAGGAACACAAGAAGAGGAUUUGGUUAUCCAAGAUGAAAUUUAUAAAUCUCGUCUUGCAAGCAUCAAACGUGAAGAGGAGGUCAUUUUUCGUGAGAGGGAUCGUUAUGAACUGGAAAAGGGAAGGCUUAUCCGUGAAAUGAAACGAAUUAGAGAUGAGGAUGGUUCUCGUUUUAACAAUUUUCAGAUUCUGAGCAACCGAUAUGCCCUUCUAAACCUUCUUGGGAAGGGGGGAUUCAGUGAGGUUUACAAGGCUUAUGACUUGUUAGAGCAUAGAUAUGUUGCUUGUAAGCUUCAUGGACUGAAUGCUCAAUGGAGUGAGGAGAAGAAGCGGAGUUACAUUCGACAUGCAAUUCGCGAAUACGAGAUUCACAAAACCUUGGUUCAUCAUCACAUUGUUCGGCUUUGGGACACUUUUGAGAUUGACCAAAACACAUUCUGCACUGUCUUAGAGUACUGUAGCGGAAAAGAUCUUGAUGCUGUUCUUAAAGCAACACCUAUGUUACCUGAGAGGGAGGCAAGGAUUAUCAUUGUCCAGAUAUUUCAAGGCCUUGUGUACUUAAACAAAAGAGCACAAAGGAUUAUACACUAUGACCUGAAGCCUGGGAAUGUUCUAUUUGAUGAAUUUGGUGUGGCGAAAUUGACUGAUUUUGGACUUAGCAAAAUAGUGGAGGAUGAUGUUGGAUCUCAGGGGAUGGAACUAACUUCUCAGGGAGCUGGUACAUAUUGGUAUUUACCACCAGAAUGCUUUGAGCUCAGCAAGACCCCAUUGAUAUCGUCAAAGGUUGAUGUUUGGUCAGCUGGAGUGCUGUUUUAUCAAAUGCUCUUUGGCAAACGUCCUUUUGGGCACGACCAGAGUCAAGAACGGAUCCUACGCGAGGAUACCAUUAAGAAGGCCCGCAAGGUUGAAUUUCCUUCGAGGCCUGCUGUUUCAAAUGAGGCAAAGGACCUCAUUCGUAAAUGUCUAACAUAUCUUCAGUCUGAGAGGCCAGAGGUUUUGACAAUUGCCCAAGAGCCAUAUCUCACAUAUUCAAAGAAGUAAGUGUUGUACACAGAUACAGUACCCGGCGCCCGGUGCAGGGAAUAAAAACUUCUGUCAAAAUUUGGCGGUCUCAUCCAAUGCCUUCAUUGAAUUUUGUGUAGGCUGUAAAUGUCAUAUAACGUAUUCCCUGCUGUAGUUGAGUUUUUUGCUCUUCUUGAACUUUUGUUGGGUUGUCUUUUUUUUUUUUUUGGCAUGCCAACCAUUUAUAAUGGAAAAACGGAAAGAAGAAGAAGAAAAGACAGCCAAGGCAAGGAAUUAGAUUUAAGUUGUUGAAAUGAAACUCGAUGCUCAGCCGAGUGUGUGCUAAUGUCACUCUGCGUUAUCUCUCGCGCUGGGCCUAGACCUAGGUCUCAAUUGGUCUAUGGGGUUACGGGAUUUUUCAUGUGAUUCAAGAUUUAUCAGUCAGUUGUCUGAUAGGCUGUUGAGUGAAUUUCACUUUACUAAAAAAAGAAUGAAGCUCAAUCCUUUA